ACGUGAUCGCGGGACCGCAGGGGAAAUUGGUCCGCUCAGAGUAAGCGAAACCUUCAGCAACAGUAGAGUAACUGUAAUGGGGAAUUCCCAUUCAGUAGAAUUUCAAUACGUUAAACUCCUGAAACAGUUAUUACAGAGUUCAGGAGUGAAAGUGAAACAAGAAUCUUUUGAUGAAUUGUUUGCGCUGGUUCGUAAACAUUGUUACUGGUUUCGACCUACUCGUCAUAACCAGUUGAAUUUAAAAGUUUGGAAACAGGUUAUGCGAGCCUUAAGAAGAGCUCAUCAGCAUGGAGACCCUAUAUCUGUCCGUGUUUGGUCUCUUUGUAAAUUAAUUUCCCUUUCCCUGGAACCAUUACAAUCUGAAACUGAAAGUGACUAUGGGGCGCGUUCUCAGCGUCCGAAUUCUGCUCCCGAUCCUUCUGCUGCUUUUCGUACUCUGUUUCGUGAGUCUCCUAUAGAGGACUUUCCUCCGCCUCCUCCUCCCCUUGUGUCUGAGACAGGAGAGGAUUUUUCGGAUUCCAGUGAUGAAGGGGCUUUUUCUGAUGGUAAUAAAGAUCGGGAGCAGGCUAGCAAACAAAAUGAAAUGCCACUUUCUCAACAGAAUGAGAUUUCUGAUAUACUUUCAAAGUUAAAAAAUUUGAUGACUAAACUGGAAGAAAAUAAAAGCAAUACUACUACUCCUUCAUAUCAGGAGCCAUGUCCUACUAUUCCUUCGGCUCCUCCUUUAGAAUUAGCUUAUCCUGUUGGAGCCUCUCGUCAGUUUCGCUUUCCUCUAAAACCUGAAUCUAAUAGACUGUUGUUGAAAGAAGAGAUGAAUAAACAAGAAAAGCAAUAUUCUAAAUCAUUUUUUGCUUUCCCUACUGUUAGACAAGCUAUGCCUGCUAAUGAUCAAUUUCCAAAUGGAUAUGUAAAUGUUGAGUAUAACCAUCAUGAUAUAAAAAUUUUAAAAAUGCUAAAAGAAGCCAUUAAUGCGUAUGGGAUGCAUUCUAAUUAUGUUCGGGGACUCUUGUCUGGUUAUGCUACUGAAAACAUGUUAAAAAAUUGAUAUGUUUUCAGAAGCAUACCUAGAUAGAAGACCUUGAAAUAGUCACCAUGAACUUUCUCCCCAGGCUGAACAAGAACUUAAAUGGAUAGAAAAACAUAUACAUGAUGCACAAUUGGAUCGGAUUGAAUCUCUCGAUCAUUUAUGACUUAUUGUAUUUCAUACUCCUCACUCUCCUACUGGUUUACUACAACAACAAGAUAAUCUCAUAGAAUGGAUAUUUUUAGCUCAAAAAGCUCAAAAGAAAUUACAAUCUUAUAUACAAAAAAUAGCUGAUAUUAUUAUUAAAGGUAGGUAACGAUUAAGGCAACUAUGUGGUCAGGACCCACAUGAACUUAUAGUCCCUUUUUCAAACAAAGAAAUACAAACUCUUUUUCAACUAGAGGAUAACUGGCAAAUUGCCUGUGCUCAUUAUAUAGGUAAAAUACAUAAUCAUCAUCCUUCUGAAAAACGUUUACAAUUUUUGAAAAAGACUAAUUGGAUUUCGACAAAAAUAGUUCAUUUAGAUCCUGUUAUAGGACCAACUUUUUUUACUGAUGCCAAUAAAACGGGAAGAGCAGGAUAUGCUAACAGUCAUGAUCAAAAGGUGUUACAAUCUCCAUAUGUUUCAGUUCAAAAAGCAGAACUAUUUGCUGUAAUACUAUUGUUACAAGAUUAUCCAAUUGCUCUUAAUAUAAUUACAGACUCUCAGUAUGUGGAAUUUACAGUUAAAAAUAUUGAGACCGCUUUUAUCCCAAAUAAUGGAUCAGAACUGCAUUCUUUAUUUUUGCAAAUACAACAUAUAAUUAGACUACGUACUGCACCACUUUAUAUUACUCAUAUUCGUGCUCAUAUUCAUUUACCCGGUCCAUUGGUAGAUGGAAAUGAUUUUAUUGAUACUUUAGUGGGUACCGUACAAUUAGCUACAGCAGAACAUCACAGAUAUCAUACUAAUGCCAGAAGAUUGAAAAAAUAAAUUUAAUCUUACAUGGAAACAAGCAAAAACUAUUCUCCGUACAUGCCCGCAAUGUGCUGCUAUUAAUCAACCUUGUUUGAAUAUUGGAGUUAACCCUAAAGGCUUAUCUGCUAAUGCUAUCUGGCAAAUGGAUGUAACUCAAUAUCCUGGUUUUGGAAAGUUAAAAUAUAUUCAUCAUUCUGUAGAUACCUACUCUCAUUUCUCAUGGGCAACUCCAUUAUCUUCUGAAAAAGCUGAUGCUGUAAUAACUCAUUUAUUAGAAGCUUUUGCUGUACGAAAAUUCCCAACAGCAUAAAAACUGAUAAUGCUUCUGCAUAUCACUCUCAAAAAUGUCAGACUUUUUUUGCCACACAUAAUAUACGGCAUGUUACAGGUAUCCCAGGAAACAGUACGGGACAAGCGGUUAUUGAACGACAAAACCGCACUUUGAAAGAAAUGCUUAUAAAACAAAAAGGGGGAGAUGAGGUACAAAGUCCUAGGAAAAGAAUACAUAUCGCUUUAUUUACUCUUAAUUUUUUGAAUCAUGGAGAAGAUGAUCUUAGUGCAGCUGACAGACAUUGGACAAAAAUAAGUACACAAGAACUUAGACAAUCUGUUUUUAUAUUAAAUGAAAAUACUAACACUUGGGAACCUGGCGAGGUUCUUCGUUGGGGUCGAGGAUAUGCUUUUGUUUCUGCAGGAGCUGAAUCCUAUUGGGUGCCGGCUAAGAAGAUAAAGCUUCGGGAUGGCAACUAAGCGUAGCCUUGAUGUGACGGGAAUGACGAAGGGAUUUGCGGAGAUGGAUUUGAGCAAGAGAGCAUUCCGUGUGCCAUGGGAUCAAACAAAGAGGGAGUCUCCAUUGACUUGGGGGCAAGUGAAAAAGUUUGCAGGCACUGCUGAAAAUCUUGUCAUUUAAACCCCUCACUAGCACCAAUCUUUUUGUAGCUAUGUUGGCAAUGUUGUCUGCACAGGUAAUAAGCAUAUCAGCCAAUGAGAUAAAUUGUACUAACCAUACUUAUUGGACUUAUAUUCCUAACCCUCCUCUUAAUAUGGGGGUUACCUGGUGGGAUGCCCCAAUUCUCAUAUAUGUAAAUGAGUCUGGAUGGUUGCCUGGUCCUUUUGAUGACAGAGGCCCUUUGAAGCCGGAAGAAGAAGGAAGGAUAAUAGAGAAUUACACGUCCGACGACGAGUGAAAGCUACCCGCCAUGCAACAUCGCAACAAGCUGCUGUGUUUUCCUUGAUGCUGCACAAGCUGCAAAAUAAUUCCAUGUAGUUUAGUACCGAGAGUAAUGCUGCCGUGUUCUCCUUGAUGCUGCAAAAAUUGUAAAAAAAAAAAAGGGGGAAAUGUAGUGGAAUAACUGAGGACAUGGAAAGGAGACGUGACCCAUGAGCCCUCCCCCCCAGCACACUGGGGGCUGACGAAUAAGCCAGAACUGCAAACAGUCCUGAUUGCUUUGAGCCCCCCCGGCAAACCGGGGGCAUGCGAAUAAGCCAGAGUUGUGAACAGUCCUGAAUGCUUUGAGCGCCCCCCCGCAAACCCGGGGCCUGCAAAGAAGCAUUGAGUGCUUUGGGCACUGAUCCAUGAGAUGUCCUCAGUAUAAUCAGAGUGGUGGGAACGCAAGGAAAUGUCCUUGUGCUACUUCAGUAUAAUCAAAAUAAUGGUGGGAACUUUGUGCUGCUUUCGCGCUCAAGGACGAAGCACGGCAGGUGCUCACGAAAGCCAAUUAUUGCUUGUAUAAUUAAUAAAAACACAGGUUGCUGCUUUGGCACUUCUGAAAUGUUAAGAAAACAAGUCUUAAAGUGUAAACCUAGAUAAUGCUUUAAUAAAAGUUACCACAGCAAGACAGGCGGCGCUGUUUUGCCUGAGCGAGCGGCAGCCCUCUACUGCUGUGCUUUGGCACAAUUCAUCUCGUGUGAUGAGCUUACU